UCUGCUGCAUGUUACCAAAUGUAAGAAUUCACUGAUAAAUGUAUCUAUGUACUGGCUCACUGGGAAAAAUUCAGAAAUUCAUAUAGACAUGUGAGCUCAGCUACUCAGCAGCCCCUCUGCCUGAGGGAUAAUCCCUGGCAUCCUGAUACCUGAGUGCCAGACAGGUAGCCAUUCCAGAAAUAACAAACCCAGACGAAGGCAAAAGGGUCAGGUUACAUUCCAUGGGUGUUUGAUGGAAGGCAAGGGGAACCAUGGGGCAGGGUCCAGGAUGCUCAGAUUACUUCCACCAGACCUCCCCUUUCAUGAUGUAUGAGUGAUGUAGUUUGGGGGGUUGCAACAUGGGGAUUAGCAGCUGAUAAAGUUUGGAGGCUCUGCUGUUUGGGGCUUCCAUCUUGUUCCACCUGGUUGCAGGUAGGAGUCCUGUCUCGACAGUCUUCAAGAAAGACCAAGCCUACUGGCUGCUCUUUUGCUCUGAUAUUCCUGGCUGGUGUCCUUGUUUUUUGUCCAAGGGAGCCCUCAGAUUUCUCCAUUAACAUAACGUACCCAAAGCCUUCAAAAUGUGCACUUUCCUGCAUUUUGCAGUUCAGCAAUGUGUAGUCCCAGGAGAGGCAGGAACAGUGUGUCUUCCUGUUCCUCCCUCAGCUGAGAUCUGCCUGGAUGGAGACCUGAGAGCCACCUCUCAAUAUCUGGAGGGCUGACCCAUGGAAGAGGGAGCCAGCUUGUUUUCUCCUGCCCUAGAGGGGAGCACCCAGAAUAAGGGACCCAGAGGACCAGAAAGCAGUUUCUUCUGACGGGAAGAGCAGCAGAAUCCCUUGGGAGAUGGCGGACUCUCCUUCCUUGGAGGUUUUUAAGCAGAGGGUGGAUGCUUUGGCUGAGAUUCCUGCCUUGCAGGGGGGCUGGAAUAGAUGACCCUUAGGGCUCCCUCCCAUUCUAGGAUGAGCUUCCUUGCUUCCUGCAAACCCCUUUUCCCUGCAACCUCUUCCUCCAGUUUCUGGCCAAGGGAGGGAGCAGAUCACAGACCAACCAAGAGCGUCCCCUCAAAAUGAGCAUCUCUGGGAUUCUGCAAUGCAGGAGAGAAAAGGCAGAGAGGACUGAGCAGGGUGGACUCGGCUUUGCAAGGGUUAAAGGGAACUGAGCUGCAUUCCUAGAGAGGACAGGAAGUAAAGGGGGGCCAGGUCCUCCAGAGGAAAAGCCCCUCCCUCCCCUUCCUGCAAGCGGGGGCGGGGUUGCUUUCUGCUUUUGCAAAUGCUGCAUUGCUCUCUUCCACGGGGAUCUGACGCUGCUUACUCCUUUGGGAAGGGCAAUCCUCUCCUGGGAUCUGAGGAGGCCAGCCAAGCAGAUCAAGCCAAGCUUUAUGAGGAGCUGGGAUUUGCUAGAGCUUCUCAUUCAGACAGACAGAACUUGGCAGAAGACCAAAGGGUUCCUUCCCAUCUCUCAGAGGCUUCCUGAGAGCACAGAUGGAUGAGCGAGACACAGCUGGCCCUAGAGCAGGAAGAGGCCAUGUCAUCCAAACUGGGAGCAGUGAGGGAUUCUUGGAAAACUCUGUGCAGAAGAUCCUGGGUGAGGAGGAUACCCACUGCUCAGAGGUGCAGAGCCAGCAGGUGAGGCAGUUCUGCUUCCAGGAGGCCAAAGGGCCCCGAGAGGUUUGCAGCCAACUCUACCACCUUGAUCAUCAGUGGCUGAAGCCAGAAAGGCACACGAAAGCUGAGAUGGUGGACCUGGUGAUCUUGGAGCAGUUCCUGGCUGUCCUUCCACCAGAGAUGGAGAGCUGGGUGAGGGACUGUGGAGCAGAGACCAGUUCCCAGGCCAUGGCCCUGGCCGAAGGUUUCCUCCUGAGUCAGGCAGAGGAGAGAAAGGAGGCAGAGAGAAAGCAGAAAAGGGAUCAUUUUGCAGAAAUGGACCUGGAUUCCUGUGAGGCAGAGAGGCCUCCGUUGGACACCAGAGAGAGGCCACUGGUUAAGGAGGAAGGUGGCUUUUCUCCAUUUGGUCUUGUUCUGUUGGUUUUCCAACUCAUCUGAGGGUUCUUUUCUUCUUGUUUUUUUUUUUUUUGAGGGGUGCUGGUUGGGAACAAGGGUUCAGAGGAGGGGAGAUGUAUUUCUGCACACCUAACAUGAAAUGGGCACAAACCUUCAACUGCACUCAGCAGGUAAGGCUUUCUCAAAGCCCAUCUGUAGUUAGAGAUGUCCUGUUUCCUCUGUGAGAGAAGCAGGCACUCCUAGCAUCCUGAUUACCUUUUUUCUCUUUUGCAGGUGAAAGAAUGAUGCCGGCAAGACCUCCUGAUCCGCCUUUUCAUGGGGGCAGAAGGGAAGCAGUGGCUGUGGAACCAGAUCAGGGUCCAGUGUGCUUUGAAGAUGUCGCUGUUCGUUUCACGGACGAGGAGUGGGAGUUGCUGGAUCCUGACCAGAGAGCUCUGCAUAAGGACGUCAUGGAGGAGAAUUGCGGGAUCGUGGCCUCUCUUGAUUGUGAUGAAUUGGAAAGCAAGAACAAAGGAGACAACAACACAAUCUGCAGAGUGGAGAAGGCACGUAAAAAUUUGGAGUGUGGAAAGAGCUGCAGUCAGAGCUCCCAUUCCAGUUCCCAUCAACAAAAUCUCAUUGGAAAGAAACCCUAUCAGUGCAUUGAAUGUGGAAAGAGAUUCAGUACGAGCUACUCUCUAACAUCCCAUCAAAGAAUUCAUACAGGGGAGAAACCCUAUCACUGCGUGGAAUGUGGAAAGAGCUUCAGUAGCAGCUCCAAUCUCACUUCCCAUCAAAGAGUUCAUACAGGGGAGAGACCCUAUCAGUGCGUGGAAUGUGGAAAGAGCUUCAGUCAGAGCUCCAGUCUCACUUUCCAUCAAAAAACUCAUACAGGGGAGAAACCCUAUCAAUGUGUGGAAUGUGGAAAGAGCUUCAGAUCGAACUCUGAGCUCACUUCCCAUCAAAGAAUUCAUACAGGGGAGAAACCCUAUCACUGCGUGGAAUGUGGAAAGAGCUUCAGUAGCAGCUCCAAUCUCACUUCCCAUCAAAGAGUUCAUACAGGGGAGAGACCCUAUCAGUGCGUGGAAUGUGGAAAGAGCUUCAGUCAGAGCUCCAGUCUCACUUUCCAUCAAAAAACUCAUACAGGGGAGAAACCCUAUCAAUGUGUGGAAUGUGGAAAGAGCUUCAGAUCGAACUCUGAGCUCACUUCCCAUCAAAGAAUUCAUACAGGGGAGAAACCCUAUCAGUGUGUGGAAUGUGGAAAGAGCUUCAGUCAGAGCUCCAGUCUCACUUCCCAUAAAAAAAUUCAUACAGGGGAGAGACCCUAUCAGUGCGUGGAAUGUGGAAAGAGGUUCAGUCACAGCCACAGUCUCACUUCCCAUCAAAGAAUUCAUACAGGGGAGAAACCCUAUCAGUGUGUGGAAUGUGGAAAGAGCUUCAAUCACAGCUACAGUCUCACUUUCCAUCAAAGAACUCAUACAGGGGAGAAACCCUAUCAAUGUGUGGAAUGUGGAAAGAGCUUCAGAUCGAACUCUGAGCUCACUUCCCAUCAAAGAAUUCAUAUAGGGGAGAAACCCUAUCAGUGUGUGGAAUGUGAAAAGAGCUUCAGUAUGAGCUCCGAUCUCUUUAGGCAUCAGAGAAUUCAUACAGGGGAGAGACCCUAUCAGUGCGUGGAAUGUGGAAAGAGGUUCAGUCACAGCCACAGUCUCACUUCCCAUCAAAGAAUUCAUACAGGGGAGAAACCCUAUCAGUGUAUGGAAUGUGGAAAGAGCUUCAAUCACAGCCACAGUCUCACUUCCCAUCAAAGAAUUCAUACAGGGGAGAAACCCUAUCAAUGUGUGGAAUGUGGAAAGAGCUUCAGAUCGAACUCUGAGCUCACUUCCCAUCAAAGAAUUCAUACAGGGGAGAAACCCUAUCAGUGUGUGGAAUGUGGAAAGAGCUUCAGUACGAACUCCGAGCUCACUUCCCAUCAAAGAAUUCAUACAGGGGAGAAACCCUUUCAGUGUGUGGAAUGUGGAAAGAGCUUCAGUCAGAGCUCCAAUCUCACUUCCCAUCAAAGAAUUCAUACAGGGGAGAAACCCUAUCAGUGUGUGGAAUGUGGAAAGAGCUUCAGUAUGAGCUCCAAUCUCACUUCCCAUCAACGAAUUCAUACAGGGGAGAAACCCUAUCAGUGUGCGGAAUGUGGAAAGAGCUUCAAUCAAAAGUCCAGUCUCACUAAGCAUCACAGAAUUCAUACAGGGGAGAAUCACGGAAUUGUAGAAUUUUUGAGCUUAAAGUGAUCCCUGGUGCAAUCUAUUUCACCCCUUGUCAUGCUGGCAUAGCAAGUAAAGCAUCCAUGACAGAUGACCAUCCAACUUCAUUUCAAAACCUCAAAGAAUGGAAAUUCCAGCACUCCCAAGGGAGUCCAAUCCACUAACAGCUCUUGCUGUGAAAAAGUUCUUCCGCAUCUUUAGUCAGUCUUUUUUUAAAAAAAAAAAACUUGAAGGCAUUGGUUUGUGUCCUACCCUGUGGAGCAGGCGUCUGAUUGGGAAGACCCAGUUCUCCGAGUGCAUGUUCUGGAAGUUGGGCAAUAGGGGCAGUACAGGAUUCCUUUUGGUGUACCGACCUCUGCACCGCACCAAGGAUUCCCUGCCUGAGCUGCUCCAUGUCGUGGCGGAUGUUCUCCUGGAGACACCUAGUUUGCUUUUCCUAGGGGAUUUUAACAUCCAUGCUGACACGACCUUACAAGGGGCCGCUUGGGACUUCGUGGAAAGCAUGGCCUCCAUGGGGCUUUCCCUGAAUAUGUUUGGCCCAACGCAUAGCCGCGGACAUGCCUUAGACCUGGUGUUCACCUCUAUGGAUGUUGGUGAUCUGACACUAAGUCGCUCCGAUUCGAGAAGACGUAGGCUCCACCGUGGGAGCAGGGCAGGAGAGUGCUAGAGUCCUGUCUAGUCAAGUUGUGUUGGAUCAAUUCCAAUCUGUUACCCCCGAGGAUGUGGACAGGCUGCUUGGACGAGAGAAACCAACCACUUGUCUCCUUGAUCCUUGUCCAUCCUGGCUUAUAAAAGCUGGCCAAGAAGGGCUGGGCGAUGGGCUUCGUGGGGUGGUGAAAGCUUCCCUCUGUGAGGGAGCCUUCCUGGACCCAUCUUUAGAUGUGGCCACAAUGGCCAACUAUCGCCCAGUCUCAAAUCCUCCAUUCUUGGGCAAGGUGAUUGAGCGAGUGGUUGCUGAACAACUCCAGGCACGCCUGGAGGAAGCGGACCAUUUGGAUCCCUUCCAGACGGGAUUCAGGCCUCAACAUGGGACUUGAAACUGCCUUGGUCGCGCUGGUUGAUGAUCUCUGGCGGGCUAAGGACAAAGGUGAGAGCUGUUUCCUAGUUCUGCUGGAUCUCUCAGCGGCGUUUGAUACCAUCGACCAUAACAUCCUUCUGGACCGUCUUGAGGGGCUGGAAGCUGGGGGCACUGUCAUACAGUGGUUCCGCUCCUUCCCCCUGUGCUGUGUUCAGAAAGUGGUGGUGGGGGAUGAGUGUUCAGAACCCUGGGCUCUCACUUGUGGGGUGCCUCAGGGAUCCAUCCUCUCCCCCAUGCUUUUCAACAUCUACAUGCAGCUGCUGGGAGAGAUCAUCAGGGGGUUUGGACUUGGUGUUCAUCAGUAUGCGGAUGAUACCCAGCUCUACCUCUCUUUCAAAUCAGAACCAGUGAAGGCGGUGAAGGUCCUGUGUGAGUGUUUGGAGGUGAUUGGAGGAUGGAUGGCAGCUAACAGAUUGAGGUUGAAUCCUGACAAGACAGAAGUACCGUUUUGGGGGACAGGAGGGGGCAGGUAUGGAGGACUCCCUGGUCCUGAAUGGGGUAACUGUGCCCCUGAAGGACCAGGUUUGCAGCCUGAGAGUCAUUUUAGACUCAUAGGUGUCCAUGGAGGCACAGGUCAAAUCUGUGUCCAGGGCAGCUGUUUCCCAGCUCCAUCUGGUACACAGGCUGAGACCCUAUCUGCCUGCGGACUGCCUCGCCAGAUUGGUGCAUGCUCUGCUUAUCUCCCGCUUGGACUACAGCAAUGCGCUCUACAAUGGGCUACCAUUGAAGUUCUACCGAGACACUGAGGUCCAGCACCGAGGGCCUUCUGGAGGUUACCUCACUGCGAGAAGCUAAGUUACUGGAAACCAGCCAGAGGGCCUUCUCGGUAGUGGCGCCCUUCCUGUGGAACGCCCUCCCACCAGAUGUCAAAGAGAACAACAACUACCAGACUUUUAGAAGACAUCUGAAGGCAGCUCUGCUUAGGGAAGCUUUUAAUGUUUGAUGUAUUAGUAUUUUAAUAUUUUAUUUGAAGCCGCCCAGAGCGGCUGGGGAAUCCCAGCCAGAUGGGCGGGGUAUAAAUAAUAAAUAAUAAGAAUAAUAAUAAUAAUUAUCAUUUUAUUUUCUUACUCCUGUAGUAACCUAUGUUAUCCAUCAUUUGAGAACCACGAUAUUGUUCUCCCUUUGCUCUUCUUUCAUUUUUAUCACAGUCUUUGAACUCUAAUACUUUGAAGGAGCGAGGUUUUAAUUUCAUGAAGUGAGGCAGCUCAUCCUCUAUUAACAGUCGUAGCUGAGAUAGGAAGUUGAGGGUCUGGAGAGAGUGUUCAGAUGGGACUUAAUCUGGAAGGAGAAGUUGUGGGAAGACUCUUCUUCUGGGGUCUCCUUCCAUUCGGGAGGGGAGAGAUUUUCUAGGAAAAGGAGAUUUCUGAGUCAGUAAAAAGGACUCAGAUGAUCCCCUGGGUCUGGCAUACAAAGGAAAAUACCUCGGGAGAGGGACUGCUAAGAGAGAGGGGAACCGAGGAAAAGUGGCCCCUCGCUCACGGACCAAAGUAUGAAGCCAUGAAGGAAGCUGGGCUGUCCUGUCAUAACUAAGGAAGGGAAUGAGAGAGAAGCAGCAGAAACAGAGUUAAGCCUUUUAGCAUUUAUUCUGGAUACCUGAAGUGUAACAACUGAUUAUGAGAGGAGGGAGUGUAAGAGAAGCUGUGCCUGUACAGUGGUACCUCGGGUUAAGUACCUAAUUUGUUCUGGAGGUCUGUUCUUAACCUGAAACUGUUCUUAACCUGAAGCACCACUUUAGCGAAUGGGGCCGCUGGAGCACAAUUUCUGUUCUCAUCCUGAAGCAAAGUUCUUAACCCGAGGUACCAUUUCUGGGUUAGCGGAGUCUGUAGCCUGAAGCGUAUGUAACCUGAAGCGUUUGUAACCCAAGGUACCAUUGUAGUACCUUGUUUAAUCCUGUGACAUUUAGCUGAAGUAAUAAGUUAACGUCUUCCUGGCAGAGGCCUUCCAGAAUCUGAUUCAGAGCCAAAUUUGGAGACAUAUGUCACACAGACAAUUUCAGAAUGGAUGGGAGAAAGCAAAGAUUGGUUGGGAGCUGUUUCAGAAUUAGAUCGCGUGAAAAUUGAGGACGGAGGCAGCCAGGAGAUGUUUUAUUAACACUAGU